GGGAAAUCGAUCCUCUCAGCACGGCACCAUGAUGGCUUGCUUGGCUGAAGAAAUUCGAUACAGUGUGCCAUUGUGACUGUUGGUUCCUGUCCUGGAGGAACUCAGCUUUCCUCUUCUCUCUCUGAUCAGCCAGUUCAACCUUUCUCUUCAUCCUGCGCCAGCCUGCUUUCAAGCAUGUACACUCUCGCUCUUCACCAGCAAUCACCAUGGUGAAAACACCAGUCUCAAAAUCUUCGAUUCGAAAUACAGGCAUUGCCUUGAUCGUUGUUGCUUCAAUAGCAGCUGCGUUCCGACUCUACCUCGCGAUCAUCCACCAUAAAAGCAUUCGAGUUGAGGAUGCGUGGCUGGCUUCUUGUUAUGUCUUCUUCCUCGUCCUUGCAAUUCUUUACCUCUACAUCGUUCCCGCAUUCUUUCGGUUGACGGAUCUCGGAGAAGGGGUUAUUGAACCUUAUACGACGGCUAACGAUGAUGCAUUGUUCAUUCAGAAAGGGCUUUUCACAGUCUCGGCAUGUCUGUGGUUCUGCCUUUGGUCCGCAAAGUUCGCGCUGCUCUGGAUGUACAAGAAGCUACUAGUCCAGCUGCCUUUUUACAUGAAGCUAUGGUAUGCUUUGGUGGGGUUUUGUGUCUUGACACUGGUCGGCAAUAUCGUCACUCUCUUCCUUGCCUGCUCUAGUAUGGAGGCUUGGUUCGCUGUUGGGAAGUGCACGACACCUCGCGAUGUGAAAGCAGCCGCUAUUAGCAUGUGGUUUGCGUAUGCGACUGAUGUCCUCACAGACCUGUUGAUCAUGGGACUUCCUUUACGGCUGAUCGUUACGCUUCAGAUGCCGUUAUCUCGAAAGUGCAGCAUCGCAGCUCUCUUCGGCCUUGGUUGGAUUUGUAUCAUCGCAUCGACAGUCCGUGUUACGCAGAUCGGACAACCUGGAGGGCAGCCUACAGUGCCUUGGCUUGCUCUUUGGGGAACAAUCGAGGCAGCCAUCGCUGUCAUCAUUGUCACCGGUCCCGGUCUAUACCGAUUAGCAAAGCUACAAUCCCGAUCACGAAGAAAUUACUACGCCGAGAAUUCACGGACGAAAACAAGUCAGAACAAGAGUCGCAGUCGAGCUGCCAAGAGUGGCCAAAUUGAGCUUGAUUCAUAUCCCGCGGCUCAUACGAGUGUGUCAACGGGGAACCCAAAUAGCAGCCAGGAAGGACUUGUGAAUCCGUAGCGAUACGAUAUAACGGUUACGAAGGAGAUAUCUAUUGAUACGGUGACGCCAAGGUUAUAAAUGCUGAGCAUAUUGAGAGUGACCAAAAGAAACACAUGUUCGUUGAAGGUACUUGGAAUCCAGGCGCAAGUUAUUUGGUUGGAAGAAGGUCAAUGAGCUACAGAGCCGCGGCUCAAAAGCAGCUCAUAUCUUGUCAUUCAAUAACAGAAUGAAGUAUGCUUGUCGUUGGUCUUGGAUUUUUGAGUUCAGCCGAAUCUUGGCACGACAUAACGAGAAUGUAACCUGGUU